AUACUGCUCCUACAAAGACACUGCCACAUUCCUUCUCCUUCCUCCUGCAUACUGUCUCUCUCUCUCUCUCUAUCUGAUCAGCUGUUCCGCUUCCUCCUCUUCUUCUCUCCCCCAACCCCGUAGCCCUCCCACCCAUCGAGCCAGGCGGCGGCGCGACGGCCGGUGGCUAAGGCGGCGGCCGGUGCCAAAAUCUCGAGCAAUCGCGUCGCGCCGUCUGGCCGGCUUGCGACAUCGCUCGCCCGAGAGCGUCGUCGUCUUCGAGCUUGUGCCGCGCGGCGCCGUCGCCGCGUGGUCCGAGGGCCCCGUGCCACCGCGUGCAGAGGGCAGAGGCCCAUCGCCUCCUCCUCGAGCCACCGCGCUGCCGUGUGCCGUCCCCCUUGUCGUCCUCGAGCCCCUGCGUCGCCGCCGGCCGCCGGGGCUCCUCCUCCUCGUCCUCCUCGUCAUCGACGCCCCAAUCGGCACCGCCUCCUGGUCGUUAAAACCAUCCUCGGGCCUUUCGCCAAUUGGAAGGCGCCAUCUUUUCCGCAUUCUUUCCAUCCGGAUUCCGGCCGCUGUUGCUGUCUGGCGGAAUAUCUGUUUCGCCAGAUUUUCUUGCGUUUCGAUUUCUUUUUAUUAUUUUCCUGAGAGAGAGAGAGAGAGAGAGAGAGAGAGAGAGAGAGAGAGAGAGAGAGAGAGGGUUCCUUCCAUUUCGCUGCUGCGCCAAAGAACACAACUUUCCCAAUUCCUUUUCGCCUCCCUGUAGAGGCAUGGAGUGGGACAAGGCCAAGGCGUCCUCCGGCGAGGCGGUGGACGACAGGGGCGGAGGGGAAGGAGGGCUCGGGUACGUGAAGGUGAUGACGGACGAGCAGAUGGAGGUGCUCCGGAAGCAGAUCUCCAUCUACGCCACCAUCUGCGAGCAGCUCGUCGAGAUGCACCGCGCCCUCACCGCGCAGCAGGACUCCAUUGCAGGAAUGAGGCUUGGUAAUCUGUACUGUGAUCCUCUAAUGGUUCCCGGAGGUCACAAGAUCACAGCAAGGCAGCGAUGGACACCAACCCCAAUGCAGUUGCAGAUUCUUGAGAACAUCUUUGACCAAGGCAAUGGAACACCAAGCAAGCAAAAGAUAAAGGACAUAACAGCAGAGCUCUCACAGCAUGGCCAGAUCUCAGAGACAAAUGUCUAUAACUGGUUCCAGAACAGGCGGGCACGAUCGAAACGGAAGCAAGCUGCUUUACCAAAUAAUAAUGCAGAAUCUGAAGCUGAAGCGGAUGAGGAGUCCCCAACUGACAAAAAACCCAAAUCAGAUAGGCCGCUUCACCAGAACAUAGCCAUGAGAGAUCACAAUAGCGAAAGGAUCUCGGAGAUGCACCACUUUGACACGGAGCAUGAGCAAAUCCGUCGUAUGAUGUAUGCAUCCAAUGACAGUAGCUCGCGAUCGUCAGGCAGUUUGGGCCAGAUGUCCUUCUACGACAAUGUUAUGUCAAAUCCAAGAAUCGAUCAUUUCCUUGGUAAGGUGGAGAGCCCCGGGAGCUUCCCCCACAUGCGAUCCGGUGAAAGCUUUGAUAUGUAUUGAUGACGCGGCAAUUCUGGAUUCUGGUUACUAGGUUCGUUGCAUUAGACACCAUACUGUUUUCCCCUGUAAAAAGUGAAGCUGGUAACUUGCCGUUCAUUUUGCUUACUGAAAUUGCGAAGUUUGCCUUACGUCCACACGUUGGUUAUCAUGGUCUUGUCGACAUUCUACGGAGAAUAGCUAGUUCUAGUGUAAACCUGUUCUGUUGCUGAAUUAGCUGCAAGAAGCCGAUAAAUAGCACUCUGCACACUUAGGUGUUAGGUGAUUGUGUGGAUAUUUCUUGAUGGUGAGUUUGUAACGAUCUUCUUUCACUUUGUCCUGAAGGCUGAAUCGAUCAGCGCUACAAAUGAGUUAGUAGUUUUAAAGGUUGCUCUUGUCCAUGGUAAAGCUUUUGGUCUGAUAAAGUCUCAUGAUCGCGUUGCCAUCUGCCAGAAAAUUGGAGUUUCUUCGAUUGUGAAGAUCAUUGAGUUGGAGAUUAGACAAUGCUUGUUGAUGAUACUAUGGGCAUGUUGGCAAGUGGCAUGGUUUGCCAGAUUUUGACUAAACCAAAUGUUGCUUCUUGACUAUGUACAAUCCUCUAUAGCUUCAAUGAGCAGUUUUCCCUAUGUUGUCCUCAUAGGAUUUGCCUUACACUAUAGUUUGAAAGGACUAUGAUCUACUAGCUAUACAAAUUCUCGGAAUGCAUCGUAUCGUUUAGAUGGGCAAAUGGAAUCAUGAAACCGGUACUGUAUUCAUUAGCCUUUGAACCAUUGUAUUUAUUUAGGUUCAUUAGCCUUCUGUUAUGUAUUGAGCUUAGAUAUUUUGCAUGUCAUCCUGUCUUAUUUUCACAAACUUGUUGGUUUCUCUUUAAUUAGAUUUUCUGGAUUAUGUAUC